GAAGAGUUGAGGAACUGUGUAGCGAAUCGGAUGUACUCAAGCUCCAUCACACAGCAUCAAUGGCUUGAAGAUGGUCUUUCGAUUGGCUCCUUUGCAUUUACGCGUCUUGCAUGACGGAUGUCGUAUUCAAGACCCCGCACCAAGACAUAUUCCCCUUCUCGAACCUCAUCGUCCUCAAGACGUCCUGUUUGACCAACUGUCCAGACGAUGAACGACCACGAAAAAAAGGCUACGGCCGAGGUUAGAGAUAUUGCUAACAGGAUCGAUGCGCUGAAAAUCACUGACAAAAAGAGAAGACAACCGCGCAAGUCUCUCAAGGAAUCCUUACAUAGUUACGGCGAAGCAGCCGAUGCUUUGUCGGAACAUGCAGCCAACGUCGUUAAGCUGCUUCGUGCUGGUGGUCUAUUCAACGAGGAAGAUGCCGAGUCCAUCUGCACAGUCCAAACCCGGGCUAUUGAACUUGGUCGAGUUGCGAGACUCCUAAACGACUCUGCAACUCAGGCUGUUGUUAGACAAGUCGCUUCACUAGGCGACAAGACGUUCUUCAACGUAGAUGGCCUCCUUCAACAUUUCGAGAAGCCUGUAGAGAAGAUUGCACAGGGAAAAAUCCAGGGAGCGCAAAGUGGCGACAUCUUGUGGAAGACUGCGGAAGAAUGUUAUCAUCAAGCCACGAGGCCUUCUGGAGAUCUUAAUCUAGAGGAUUAUCUUGCCACUAGCGAAGUGUUCUGGAUUCAUUCACUAUGCAACUGCCCCGGUGGCCCGACAAUAUUUCAACCAGAGAACUUUGUUUUCAGCGACUCGGUCAACAAGCCUCCAAAGCACAUGCCACGAUACCUGUUCCGGGCAUAUGAUGACAACAGCACGGGUCGCAACGACAAAGAUGUCAUCGCUUCAAUACUUAGCCAGUGCGGCGAAGCGAAUCGUCACGGGAUCGACAUUUUCUCAAUGGACUAUAAAGAGGCUUCACAAAUGCUACACCAGCAUUUAGAUAAGGGUCCUUUUAGUAGCAAUGUGACCGACAACCUCGUUUCAUGGAGCAGUUCUCUCAUGUUUGUCAUCCAGUAUGCAAAUUGGAGAUUUUGCCGCCCACAGUUUAGUCACCCGGGCGAUAUUUGUAUUUGUGCUGUGGAUACAUCACAGUUCCCACGCGGGCAGUUUGCAAGGGAUAAGUGGUUACUCAACUCGUUCAAGGAUGCGGAACUUUCAGAUCAAGAGAACAAUUUUCGUGAUCUUCGACUUAACAGAAGUGAGUAUGAUAACGGAGAGUACCUUUCUCAGGGAGUCCUUCACAUUGAAAAGCGCUCUUGCACCUUGUCCUUGCGACGUCUGAAAAAUGCUGGACUGUGGGAUUUAUAUCCAGAGUUCAACGUCAACGAUGUGGAAAACGACGCCGACGUGAGAGUUCAAUGGACAAAGUAUGUCAAGCUACUUCGUUGUUUAUGGCACUCUACACACACGACAACAAAAGCAAGUGUGCAGUGUGCACUAGACAUUGCAAGGAAUUGUUUCCCAGGUUUCGAUCAGGAUGAUAUGGCGUUGUUGUUACUCUCGUUCUGUGAACGUAAGCUACAUCGAGAGAAUCCAUCAUUUCAAAAUCCCUUUGCCGACUUACUACCUCCUGUAGCAAUUGAGGAUAUUGAUUACAAGGAACCCGCAGAGGUGGAUCGAUACUCGACGCUGAGGAAGCGAUUGUCAGAACUGAGAGAGGCGUCAGGGGAACGUGGCAUGAAGCUAUUUGACCAACUAUAUGGGCUGGAAGAUACAGAAGAGAACUAG